AUAUUGGUGCAGUUUUGUUUUAUUCAGCCGGCUGGGAAAUUGGUUUCUUGUGAAUAAUUAAGUGAAAAGUUGCAAAAACUUGGUGAAAAUUGUGUUUUGUGACUCCAAGAACCACCGUUGAGGGAUAAAGUGUGCAGUGACGAUGGCCGAGACGUCAGAGACUAACAUCAUCAAAUUGAGGGGAUUACCGUGGAAUGUGACGGUAAAGGAGAUCAAGGAGUUCCUGAAGGACGUGGAAUUUGUGAAUGGGGACGAUGGCAUCCACUUGGUGACCUCCCCAAGGGAUGGUCGUCCCAAUGGGGAGGCCUUUGUGGAGUGUGCCAGCGAGAAGGACUUCAAUCUGGCCUUUGAGUACAACAAGAACGUCAUGGGGCACCGGUACAUCGAAAGUAUGGAACGAGUCGAUGCCUUGGAAUUCCAGGAAGAGAUGCUUAAAUUAAAGUCCCAUCCCACAGCGAUUUCCGAGGAAUCGGAUACCGAAGUGGUGAAAGAUACCAAAGAAACCAAUGGCACAAAUGAAUCGACUCAAUCUAUGGAAGUUACAGAAUCGAGCCCUGGAUCAUGCCCGGAAAUUUCGGGUUUGACCAUCUCUGGGGAGGCAACGGAUGAAGAUAGAGAAUCCAAAACUGCCGAGGAUGGUGCCGUUUCGGCUGUCGGCACCGAAGAAAAUCCCGGCAGUGUCUCAGAUAAGCCCGAUGGCAAGAAAGAAGAAGAAAAAAAGGGGACUCCGGAAAAGGCUCCGGAGGCUAAAAAGAAGGAAGAUGGAAGUGCCAAGGCUCAGCCGGAAAAGCCAAAGUGCUCAGCAAAGACGGCUAAGCGUAAAGAAGAGAGGAAGAGGGCCAAAUUGAGGCAAAGGCAAUUAGCUGCGAAAUACGGAAUACCGUACAAUUCGCCACUUUUUUCCCUUUUUGCUGCAAGACCUGAUGAAUUCGAGACAAUCAUGAGGAAACAAUGUGUUGUCCAGGCGGAAACCUUUGUGAAACUCCGUGGAUUGCCGUACAGUGUUUCACCGAAUGAAAUUGAGACAUUCUUUGAAGGGUUGGAGCUUAAGCAGGACCGAGGCAGUAUUCAUAUUGUGAUGGACAACCGGGGGCGCGCAACGGGUGAAGCGUUUGUACAAUUCGUUAAUCCGGAUGACACUGAGAAGGCUCUGAAGAAAAAUCGGGAGAAAAUUGGGCACAGGUACAUCGAGAUCUUUCGGAGUUCGGCAUCUGAAUUUCGCCGGAGUACAUUCAAUAGUGCUCGACCUGGACCGUACGACAGAAAUGACAGGGGUGGACUACGAAUGGGCUUCGGAGGUAGUGGAGGUAUAGGCAUGAUGCGCAACCGAGGAAACUUCAAGGGUGGCGAUCGAAAUGAUGGACCCGGUGGCUGGAAGAAUCGUCCGUUUGAUGGCUUUGGCGGCGGUAACUUCAAUGGCGGCGGCGGCGGUGGCGGUGGCCCCAAUGGCGGAAGCGGCUUUGGCAACUUUGGCGGCUAUGGUGAGUCUUUAAGUGGCCAUCUACCCAACCCACAGCACACACCUGUAACUGUAUCCGUUGACCAAGAAGGUGGAGGAGGCGGUGGCAGUGGCCCAAACUUUGGGGGUAACGGCGGGAAUUUUGGCAACUUUGGUGCCGGCGGCGGUGGCGGCGGCUAUGGGGGUGGCAAUGGCGGCGGCAGUGGGGGCAACUUUGGUGGAGCUGGUGGAAAUUUUGGGGGCAAUAGCAACUUUGGGAACUUUGGGAAUCGCGGAGAUGACUUUAUGGCUCGCAAUGGACCCGGAAGUGGCGGCGGAUUUGGCGCCGGAGGCGGAUUCAACAAUGGCGGCGGCGGUGGCGGUGGCGGCGGCGCCGGUGGUGGCGGUGGAAAUUUCGGUGCCAUGGGCAAUCGCAAUGGUGGAAGCAUGGGAGGAGGGAAUGGAACGUGGGCUGGGGGAGAUGAAGGCGAGGAGGGCGGAGAGGAAUAUUGCGUUCAUUUGCGCGGAAUGCCCUACUACUGCGACGAACAGGACAUUUACAAGUUCUUUGCCCCACUCAAGCCUAUCAAUUGCCAGGUGAUCUACAACAGCCGUGGACUGCACUCCGGAGAGGCGGACGCCCUCUUUGCCACUCAAGCUGAGGCCAUGGCGGCAAUGUCAAAGCAUAAGGAAAAAAUGGGCUUUCGCUACAUUGAAUUGUUCUACAAUGCGUCGAACAAUGCUCGUAAGCGCGAGAGACGAUUUUAAAAGGGGAUAAAAAGAGAAAUUGAUAAAAAAUAUAUUAAUUUUAGCAGAAAAAAAACAUCAAUAAUCCAACAAAAACUACAAAAAAAAUAAUCAAGAGUGGAUGUGAAUAAUUGUAAUCUUUAGGCUAUUAUUUUAGGUGAGAUACUUUUUCAUUCAUUUCAAUUUACUUCUAAUUUUUUUCAUAAUUUCUCUUAUGAAUUUCACUGCAUUUUUUAAAAACAAAUAUUUUUAAAUAUGAGAAUAUCAAUUUUAUUUGAGAUAAAAAGGAAGAAUGAUAAGUAAUUUAGAAUAAAAUAAAAUAAAAUGAUUGAUGAGAAAUAAAGUGGAAAAGAUUAAACAAAAA